AUGGCAACAGCUAACACACCUACUGCGCCACUGGGCAACUCCGAGUCAUGUCCCGCCCCUCCCUCUCCGAGUCAUGUCCCGCCCCUCCCUCUCCGAGUCAUGUCCCACCCCUCCCUCUCCGAGUCAUGUCCCACCCCUCCCUCUCCGAGUCAUGUCCCACCCCUCCCUCUCCGAGUCAUGUCCCACCCCUCCCUCUCCGAGUCAUGUCCCACCCCUCCCUCUCCGAGUCAUGUCCCACCCCUCCCUCUCCGAGUCAUGUCCCACCCCUCCCUCUCCGAGUCAUGUCCCACCCCUCCCUCUCCGAGUCAUGUCCCACCCCUCCCUCUCCGAGUCAUGUCCCACCCCUCCCUCUCCGAGUCAUGUCCCACCCCUCCCUCUCCGAGUCAUGUCCCACCCCUCCCUCUCCGAGUCAUGUCCCACCCCUCCCUCUCCGAGUCAUGUCCCACCCCUCCCUCUCCGAGUCAUGUCCCACCCCUCCCUCUCCGAGUCAUGUCCCACCCCUCCCUCUCCGAGUCAUGUCCCACCCCUCCCUCUCCGAGUCAUGUCCCGCCCCUCCCUCUCCGAGUCAUGUCCCACCCCUCCCUCUCCGAGUCAUGUCCCACCCCUCCCUCUCCGAGUCAUGUCCCACCCCUCCCUCUCCGAGUCAUGUCCCACCCCUCCCUCUCCGAGUCAUGUCCCACCCCUCCCUCUCCGAGUCAUGUCCCACCCCUCCCUCUCCGAGUCAUGUCCCACCCCUCCCUCUCCGAGUCAUGUCCCACCCCUCCCUCUCCGAGUCAUGUCCCACCCCUCCCUCUCCGAGUCAUGUCCCACCCCUCCCUCUCCGAGUCAUGUCCCACCCCUCCCUCUCCGAGUCAUGUCCCACCCCUCCCUCUCCGAGUCAUGUCCCGCCCCUCCCUCUCCGAGUCAUGUCCCACCCCUCCCUCUCCGAGUCAUGUCCCACCCCUCCCUCUCCGAGUCAUGUCCCACCCCUCCCUCUCCGAGUCAUGUCCCACCCCUCCCUCUCCGAGUCAUGUCCCACCCCUCCCUCUCCGAGUCAUGUCCCACCCCUCCCUCUCCGAGUCAUGUCCCACCCCUCCCUCUCCGAGUCAUGUCCCACCCCUCCCUCUCCGAGUCAUGUCCCACCCCUCCCUCUCCGAGUCAUGUCCCACCCCUCCCUCUCCGAGUCAUGUCCCACCCCUCCCUCUCCGAGUCAUGUCCCACCCCUCCCUCUCCGAGUCAUGUCCCACCCCUCCCUCUCCGAGUCAUGUCCCACCCCUCCCUCUCCGAGUCAUGUCCCACCCCUCCCUCUCCGAGUCAUGUCCCACCCCUCCCUCUCCGAGUCAUGUCCCACCCCUCCCUCUCCGAGUCAUGUCCCACCCCUCCCUCUCCGAGUCAUGUCCCACCCCUCCCUCUCCGAGUCAUGUCCCACCCCUCCCUCUCCGAGUCAUGUCCCACCCCUCCCUCUCCGAGUCAUGUCCCACCCCUCCCUCUCCGAGUCAUGUCCCACCCCUCCCUCUCCGAGUCAUGUCCCACCCCUCCCUCUCCGAGUCAUGUCCCACCCCUCCCUCUCCGAGUCAUGUCCCACCCCUCCCUCUCCGAGUCAUGUCCCACCCCUCCCUCUCCGAGUCAUGUCCCACCCCUCCCUCUCCGAGUCAUGUCCCACCCCUCCCUCUCCGAGUCAUGUCCCACCCCUCCCUCUCCGAGUCAUGUCCCACCCCUCCCUCUCCGAGUCAUGUCCCACCCCUCCCUCUCCGAGUCAUGUCCCACCCCUCCCUCUCCGAGUCAUGUCCCACCCCUCCCUCUCCGAGUCAUGUCCCACCCCUCCCUCUCCGAGUCAUGUCCCACCCCUCCCUCUCCGAGUCAUGUCCCACCCCUCCCUCUCCGAGUCAUGUCCCACCCCUCCCUCUCCGAGUCAUGUCCCACCCCUCCCUCUCCGAGUCAUGUCCCACCCCUCCCUCUCCGAGUCAUGUCCCACCCCUCCCUCUCCGAGUCAUGUCCCACCCCUCCCUCUCCGAGUCAUGUCCCACCCCUCCCUCUCCGAGUCAUGUCCCACCCCUCCCUCUCCGAGUCAUGUCCCACCCCUCCCUCUCCGAGUCAUGUCCCACCCCUCCCUCUCCGAGUCAUGUCCCACCCCUCCCUCUCCGAGUCAUGUCCCACCCCUCCCUCUCCGAGUCAUGUCCCACCCCUCCCUCUCCGAGUCAUGUCCCACCCCUCCCUCUCCGAGUCAUGUCCCACCCCUCCCUCUCCGAGUCAUGUCCCACCCCUCCCUCUCCGAGUCAUGUCCCACCCCUCCCUCUCCGAGUCAUGUCCCACCCCUCCCUCUCCGAGUCAUGUCCCACCCCUCCCUCUCCGAGUCAUGUCCCACCCCUCCCUCUCCGAGUCAUGUCCCACCCCUCCCUCUCCGAGUCAUGUCCCACCCCUCCCUCUCCGAGUCAUGUCCCACCCCUCCCUCUCCGAGUCAUGUCCCACCCCUCCCUCUCCGAGUCAUGUCCCACCCCUCCCUCUCCGAGUCAUGUCCCACCCCUCCCUCUCCGAGUCAUGUCCCACCCCUCCCUCUCCGAGUCAUGUCCCACCCCUCCCUCUCCGAGUCAUGUCCCACCCCUCCCUCUCCGAGUCAUGUCCCACCCCUCCCUCUCCGAGUCAUGUCCCACCCCUCCCUCUCCGAGUCAUGUCCCACCCCUCCCUCUCCGAGUCAUGUCCCACCCCUCCCUCUCCGAGUCAUGUCCCACCCCUCCCUCUCCGAGUCAUGUCCCACCCCUCCCUCUCCGAGUCAUGUCCCACCCCUCCCUCUCCGAGUCAUGUCCCACCCCUCCCUCUCCGAGUCAUGUCCCACCCCUCCCUCUCCGAGUCAUGUCCCACCCCUCCCUCUCCGAGUCAUGUCCCACCCCUCCCUCUCCGAGUCAUGUCCCACCCCUCCCUCUCCGAGUCAUGUCCCACCCCUCCCUCUCCGAGUCAUGUCCCACCCCUCCCUCUCCGAGUCAUGUCCCACCCCUCCCUCUCCGAGUCAUGUCCCACCCCUCCCUCUCCGAGUCAUGUCCCACCCCUCCCUCUCCGAGUCAUGUCCCACCCCUCCCUCUCCGAGUCAUGUCCCACCCCUCCCUCUCCGAGUCAUGUCCCACCCCUCCCUCUCCGAGUCAUGUCCCACCCCUCCCUCUCCGAGUCAUGUCCCACCCCUCCCUCUCCGAGUCAUGUCCCACCCCUCCCUCUCCGAGUCAUGUCCCACCCCUCCCUCUCCGAGUCAUGUCCCACCCCUCCCUCUCCGAGUCAUGUCCCACCCCUCCCUCUCCGAGUCAUGUCCCACCCCUCCCUCUCCGAGUCAUGUCCCACCCCUCCCUCUCCGAGUCAUGUCCCACCCCUCCCUCUCCGAGUCAUGUCCCACCCCUCCCUCUCCGAGUCAUGUCCCACCCCUCCCUCUCCGAGUCAUGUCCCACCCCUCCCUCUCCGAGUCAUGUCCCACCCCUCCCUCUCCGAGUCAUGUCCCACCCCUCCCUCUCCGAGUCAUGUCCCACCCCUCCCUCUCCGAGUCAUGUCCCACCCCUCCCUCUCCGAGUCAUGUCCCACCCCUCCCUCUCCGAGUCAUGUCCCACCCCUCCCUCUCCGAGUCAUGUCCCACCCCUCCCUCUCCGAGUCAUGUCCCACCCCUCCCUCUCCGAGUCAUGUCCCACCCCUCCCUCUCCGAGUCAUGUCCCACCCCUCCCUCUCCGAGUCAUGUCCCACCCCUCCCUCUCCGAGUCAUGUCCCACCCCUCCCUCUCCGAGUCAUGUCCCACCCCUCCCUCUCCGAGUCAUGUCCCACCCCUCCCUCUCCGAGUCAUGUCCCACCCCUCCCUCUCCGAGUCAUGUCCCACCCCUCCCUCUCCGAGUCAUGUCCCACCCCUCCCUCUCCGAGUCAUGUCCCACCCCUCCCUCUCCGAGUCAUGUCCCACCCCUCCCUCUCCGAGUCAUGUCCCACCCCUCCCUCUCCGAUGGGGAAGUCCGGGCCUUGACAGAUCUGCAUGAGCUCGUCGGUGGUGAUGGCGGGGUUGUCUAUGAACGCUGA